AUGGGGCUCCCCCACGCCGGCGUCCUGAUCUUUGGUCUUCUGUCCGUGUUCCAACUGUCGCAUUCGUCAUCAGACAAGGACGACUUCACCAAGGUCAGGGCGGUGAACCUGGGAGGCUGGCUGGUGGUGGAGGGGUGGAUCAAGCCUUCCUUGUUUGAUGGCAUCCCAAAUGGGGACAUGCUGGAUGGCGUGCAGGUGCAGCUCAAGUCUGUUGCUCUCCAGAAGUACGUGAGUGCAGUUGGUGGUGGCGGUGGAAAUGUGGCCGUGGACCAGGAUGCUGCUUCGACAUGGGAGACUUUCAAGCUGUGGAGAGUUUCUGAUAGUGAAUUUCAGUUCCGAUGCCUCAAUGGUCAGUUCUUGACAGCAAGUAAUCAGGAUGUGAUCUCAGCAACUACAGAUUCACCAGGAGACUCCGAAACAUUUUAUAUCGAACGGAAUAAUUCAAUGCUUCAUAUCAAGCUUUCAAAUGGGAGCUAUUUGCAGGUCACAAAUAACAAUCAGCUUACUUCAAAUUAUCAUUCCCAGCCUGGAUGGGGUGAUGAUAUGGCAACAUUCCAGAUGACAAUAGCUGCCAACAACUUGCAUGGAGAUUACCAGCUUGCUAAUGGGUAUGGACCUGUGCAGGCAAAAGCGGUCUUGACUGAACACCGAAAGAGCUUUGUUACUGGAAAUGAUUUCUUUCUCCUCUCGCAAAACAGUAUAAAUGCAGUCAGGAUUCCAGUUGGAUGGUGGAUUGCGUAUGAUCCUGAUCCACCCGCUCCAUUUAUUGGUGGCUCCCUUGAGUACCUUGAUAGAGCAUUCUACUGGGCACAGGUUUAUGGCUUGAAGUGCAUCAUCGAUCUUCAUGCGGCUCCUGGAUCUCAAAACGGAAUGGAGCACAGUGCUAGCAGGGAUGGUUCAGUAGAUUGGCCUUCAGAGGUUAAUAUACAGAAGACUCUGGAUGUCAUUAAAUUUUUAGCUCAAAGGUAUGCAGACGAUCCCUCGCUUCUUGGUAUCGAGCUUCUGAAUGAGCCUUCUGCAGGAGCAGUCCCACUGGAUACUCUUGUGGCGUAUUACAAAAAAGGCUACAAAAUUGUACGAAGUUAUUCGGAGACAGCUUAUGUUAUAUUCUGCCAGAGGAUAGGGAAUGCAGACCCAAUGGAGCUUUAUCAGGCUGACCUGGGACCAACUAACACUGUUGUUGAUUUGCAUUACUACAAUUUGUUUGAUCCUUAUUAUGAGAAGCUUAACGCAACAGAGAACAUACAGUUUGUUUAUGAAAAAAGACUGCCUCAAGUGCGGGCCUUGAACGGCGCAAAUGGACCUCUUGUUUUUGUCGGAGAGUGGGUGAAUGAAUGGAAUGUGGCAAAUGCUUCACAAAUUCAAUACCGAUCUUUUGGAAAAGCUCAAUUGGAGGUCUUUGGAGAAGCCUCCUUUGGCUGGUCUUAUUGGACAGUCAGGUGCAACAGUGUGCACUGGGAUUAUGAAUGGAACGUAAGGAAUCGGUAUCUUAUUAUUGGGGGGUCGCCAUUGCAAAGAGCAAGUUACACGAUGCUUGUGGCAGGAUGUCUUAUGUAUCUUUUGUUAUUGACGUUGAUACAAUAA